UUACAUGUGAAAUAUCCCUCCACAUAAUGGAUCUCGAGUCUCAGAAAGGCAGGCCAUGCAGCUGUAUCUUUCCAAAGAGUCUUCAAUAUUCCGCACAACAAGGUCUCAACUCCAAAUGGAAAGAAAAAGUCAUCCAAUCUCAACAAUCUGACCAUGAAGUUAACAUUUGGGAAGUAAAGCCUCCUGAUUUUAGUUAUAAACUCUAUACGUCCUUGAGAUCUCCAGGGAAAACAUCCAAGAAUCUUAAGAAAGAAAGAAGAAAAACAAGAAGCAAUUUUCCAGAAACAACUCUUCACCUGCCCAGCAUAAGGAAUGAUCCCAAGAAGUCCACAUCGCCUCAGUUUAUAACUACAUUUGCACAUCUGGAUUCACACAAAGCGAAAAUAAUGUUUGUGAAGAGUGGAAAAUAUCCAAGUGGUGUAUACCUCAAUCCCAAACCACAUGACUUUAGACAGGUGAGGAUUGCAGACUUCAUCUCACGUACUUUGGACAUGUUAUCAGGAGGGACCAGACCCUGGAGAAGAACAUCAUGCCUGUAUCGAGCUCAUUUACCAAACUUUGUGACAACUUAUGAAAGAGACCCCUUUGACUUAAAACUUAAGUCAAGACACUUAAGUACAGUGCAUGGAUGCCAGUUGCUGAAAGACAAUCAACAGAAGAACAGUACAGAAAGAUUUAUUACCUAUAAGCCUCGUGAAUGCACCUGGGAUUCAAAACUAAUUUUACCAAAAGACCCAUGGCCCACUAAAUCUGCUUCCUACACGAGAUAUCAAAGGCAGCAUGAUGCAUACGGUGCAUUUAUGGAUCGUGUGGAAGAAAAGUUUACCAAGACACACAAGAACAGGUGGGCAAAAAACUUCGAAUUUGUUGAACACUCAUAUUAUUUCUUUAGAAUUAUUACUCAAUUACUUUUGUAAAUCAUGUGUGCUUUACCCUAUAGAAGUUCCACGGUCACAAUCAGUUGCCAUGGAGUCAGUUCCAACUCAUGGAGAUCCCAUGUGUGUCAGGUUACAACUAUGCUCCAUAAGGUUUUCAAUGGCUGAUUCCUUGGAAGUAGGUCGCUUAGUUUUUCUUCCAAGAUGCCUCUGGGGGGACUUGAACCUGGAACCUUUUAGUUAGCAGCCAAGCACAUUAACCGUUUGUUCCACCCAGGGUCUCCUUGCCUAUCAUAAAACAAAACAAACCUGUUGCUGUCGAGUUCCUUCCGAUUCAUAGCGACCCUAUAGGACCGAGUAGAAUCACCCCAUAGGGUUUCCAAGGAGAAGCUGGUGGAUUUGAACUGCCAACCUUCUGAUUAGCAGCUGAGUUCUUAACCACUGCACCA